CAUUGAUCACUCAGCAUUCAAGUUUCGUAGAGCUAAAGUACAAUGAGCCGAUUUACCAUUAAAUUACUCCUCAUCGUUUCAUUGGCAACAUCCAUCUCGGCAUUAUUUGACAAACAACAGUUCAGUAACGGAACGCGACAUCGCUUGAAGAGAAUCGUCAAUGGAUCCAAUAUACAAAUUUCCAAAGUUCCGUACCAGGUGGCGAUACUGUUCCGUACUUACAUAGUUUGCGGUGGUUCGAUUAUUGCUCCAACGUGGGUUCUAACGGCUGCACACUGUUUCUAUGGCCACGAAGCGAUUACGAAAGAGGUCAAAGUACGUGCCGGAUCCGACCGCCGUCAUAUUGGUGGGGAGAUUCGCCGCGUUCGUUGGCAGAAAAUUCACGAACAAUAUUCACCGAAAACCCUGCUUAACGACAUUUCAUUGGUCAAUGUGGACGCCCCUUUCACCCUGAAUGAAGAUAUCAGUUGCGUUCGAAUGGCACCCCAGGGACAUUUUCCAAUGGCGAGCAAGAUGGCGCUCGUGUCCGGUUGGGGUUUGGAAAAUCCGGAUGUUAACAAAGAGAACCCCGAAAAUUACCCGACUAGUCUGAACUAUGCUCUGUUGCCAGUGAUGGAAUUUUCCCAGUGUAAAGUAAUGUACAAAAAACAUGUUUUGUCCGAACAAAUUCAAAUCUGUGCAGGAUACGCUCAGGGUGGAAGAGAUGCCUGCGUCGGUGAUUCGGGGGGCCCGUUUGUCAUAAACCAAUACCAGGUGGGGAUAGUGUCGUGGGGUGUUUCAUGUGCAAAGCCCAAGAAACCGGGAAUGUACACCAACAUUCCUCGCCUAAAACGGUUUUUU